ACUAAUUGUUAAUCUUUUUGUUUUCUAUAGUUUCAGAUUUGAAAAAGAUAAUGACGGACGAUCAGGAGAAGCUGUUAGAAGCCGCCCGUGGUACUGUCAAGGUUGAAGCGUUCCAGAUGAAGAGAUGUUUGGAUAAGAAUAAAUUAAUGGACGGAUUAAAACAUGCAAGUGCAAUGCUCAGUGAGCUAAGAACCUCUCUGUUGUCCCCGAAGUCCUAUUACGAGCUGUACAUCGCAACUUGUGACGAGCUUCGUCAUCUAGAGAUAUAUUUACUGGACGAGUUCCAGAAAGGACGAAAGGUUUCCGACCUGUAUGAGUUGGUACAGUACGCUGGAAACAUCGUUCCUCGGCUCUACCUUCUUAUCACUGUCGGGGUGGUGUUCAUCAAGUCAAACGAGUACAGUAGAAGGGAUAUACUCAAGGAUCUGGUGGAGAUGUGUAGAGGGGUUCAACACCCCCUGAGAGGACUCUUUCUUAGGAACUACCUACUGCAGUGUACUAGGAACAUACUCCCUGACACCCUGGAGACAGGGGAGUUCCUAGAAGGACAGGAUCCUGGCAAGAUAGAUGACAGUAUAGAUUUUAUACAACUCAACUUUGCGGAGAUGAAUAAACUUUGGGUCAGGAUGCAACAUCAGGGGCAUAGCAGGGAGAGGGAGCGCCGUGAGAAGGAGAGAAUGGAGCUAAGGAUCCUGGUUGGAACCAACCUGGUCCGUCUCUCUCAGCUAGAGAGUGUAAAUGUUGAUGUUUACAAGAAAUCUGUCCUGCCCGGUCUACUGGAGCAGGUCGUGUCCUGCAGGGAUCCCAUAGCACAGGAAUAUUUGAUGGAGUGUAUAAUCCAAGUAUUCCCUGAUGAAUUCCAUCUCUCAUCUCUUACAAACUUCCUGGAAGCGUGUGCUGAGCUCCAGCCUGCCGUUAACGUCAAGAACAUCGUUAUCUCUCUAAUUGACAGAUUAGCCCAGUUUGCGACAAGGGAGGAUUCUCCUGGAAUACCUGAGGAAAUUAAACUCUUUGAUAUAUUCUCCAACGAGAUAACUAGCAUUAUUAGAUCUAGAACAGAUAUGCCUCCCGAAGAUAUUGUAUCUCUAGAAGUUUCAUUGAUUAAUAUGGCGCACAAGUGCUAUUCAGAUCAAGUUGAUCUUAUAGACAGGGUUCUUCAUAAUACAAAGGAUUUGUUUGAGAGUGCGGAUAUAGGUAUAGUAGAACACAGAACUCCAGUAGGACGAGAACUAGAGAAACUACUCAAGAUACCGAUUGACAGCUACAACGAUGUUCUAAUAGUUCUAGGCCUGGAGCACUUCAUCCCUCUCCUUAACUGCUUCGAUUACAGUGGCCGACGAGAGAUGUCGUCCUACUUGGUGAACAAUGUGAUUGAGAACAGUACCUGUAUCCCGAGCAGUGAGAGGGUGGAUACUAUCCUAACCAUAGUUGCAACCCUGGUACAGGAUCAGAAGGAUGGUCCCACUGCAGAGAAAAUAAGAUCUGAAGAUUUAGAGGAGUUUACUGAAGAACAAUCUUUGAUGGGACGAUUAGUUCACCAGCUUCAGGGAGAAACUGCUGAUGAACAAUAUCAGAUACUGAGUACAGCAAGAAAACAUUUUGCAGCAGGGGGUCCUCUCCGUAUACCCUAUACACUACCCCCUCUAGUAUUCCAGGCUUUCAAGCUGGCUAAAGAGUUCUAUAAACUGAAGGAUACAGAUGAAAACUGGAAUCCUAAGAUUGAAAAAAUAUUUAAAUAUUGUCACACAACUAUCAGUGCUCUGGUUAAAGCUGAGCUUGCUGAGCUACCACUUCGACUUUAUCUUCAGGCUGCAUUAACCUGUGAUCAAGUUCCUUAUGAAUCUCAGGAGACCAUGGCUUAUGAGUUUAUGUCCCAGGCCUUCUCCUUAUAUGAAGAUGAGAUCUCAGAUUCUAAAGCUCAGCUGGCUGCCAUGACUCUCAUAAUAGGAACAUUCCAACAGACUAAGUGUUUCUCCGAGGAGAACCAUGAUCCUCUCCGAACUCAAUGUGCUCUAGCCGCAGCUAAACUACUCAAGAAACCUGAUCAGUGUCAGGGUGUACUAACCUGCUCCCAUCUGUUCUGGUCAGCUCACACUGCUUCCUCUAAGGAUAAACCUAUCAGGGAUAAGAAGAAAGUAUUGGACUGCCUCAAGAAAGCUUUGAAGAUUGCAAACCAAUGCAUGGACACAACAGUUCAGGCUCAGCUAUUUAACCAGAUCCUGAAUCAUUAUGUUCAAUUCUUCGAGGAUGGAAAUGAUUUGAUCAGUAUUGAAAUGAUAAACGAGUUGGUUGGACGUAUAUCUGACGAACUGAAAGGACUGGAAGGAGGUGAUGAAGUUCAUCAGAUAUCUGGAUUAUUCAAUAGAACAGUAGAACACAUUAAACUCAAGCAGGCUGAGAAACCAGAGGGAUUAUAUGCAGGGUUUAAAGAGUAGAUAAUCCUCUUUAAAUAUGGAGAAGGUACUCCUCUUUAUACAAGGAGAAGGUACACCUUUUUAUACAAGGAGUAGGUACUCCUCUUUAUACAAGGAGAAGGUACUUACCAUGAAGGAAGCGGUACCCUUAGAGUGAGCGCUGAUGAUCUCCUAAAUUUAUUAAGUUUAAAUUAAGAGAAAAGUUUAAAUCAUGAAUUUUUUAAUUAUGAAAUUUAGAUUUUGAAACUCGUGAUAUUUAUAUUAAUUGUGAUUAUUUUUCCUUGUGAUGCUAAUUUAAUAAUAUGAUAUGAUAUAUAUAAAUUUAAUUUAAUUGUAUUUUAUAAUUUUAAUGAUUUAUUUCAGA